CCCAAAGUCUCCUUUCCUGGCUCAGGCCAGGGGAAGAUUCCAGAGCUUAGAGAAACAUCUUAUCCCUGCUCCCUGCUCCACUGCUGCUUGGAACCAGUUGGCCCACGAUGGUUGGCAGAGACUCUGGUAUCUGAUGGACAGAGCAUUGGCCAGAAGGUUCAGGAAUGGAGGUAGUGGCUGCUGAUGUUGGAGUGGGAGAAAACAAGUAAAUUAAAAUCUGUGGAAUGCAAACGUGCUUUGCCAGAAGCCAUUGAUGACCGCAAACUGCUUCUGCUUUGGUUCCAGUCCCUGCAGAGGUGUCUGGAUGGGUUUUCCCUCCCUGGACCCCUCCCUGCUGCCUGUCCCAGGUCAUCAUCCCUGCCUGCUCUAAUGGCGAGAUAGCUACUAAGUCACUGGUCCUUUUAAGAGGGACAUUGAACAAGCUGGGAUCUCUGGGUUCCACCAGCAAUGGCAUUAAUGGCGAGUUUCCCAGAAGCCUCUGUGAGUGGAUGCCUUAUCCUCUUCAUCCUCCUGCAGAUGAUCAUGCUGGGCUCAACUCAGUUUUCAGUGAUUGGACCUGUCAAGCCCAUCCUGGUCCUGGUGGGGGAAGAUGCUAAGUUACCCUGUCACCUGGAGCCCAAGACAAGUGCGAAGGACAUGGAGGUGAGAUGGUUCCGAACUCAUGCCUCGAAUGUUGUGCACCUGUGCCAGAACGGAACGGACCAUCUUGGAGAGCAGUUGGAGGGAUAUCGAGGGAGAACAGAAUUGUUGAGAGAUGCCAUUGCUAAUGGAAGUUUGGCUGUGAGAAUACAUAAAGUCAGAGCCUCUGAUGAUGGACAAUAUUGCUGCUCUUUCCAACAUGGCUCUGUAUACAAGUGGACCACUUUGGAGCUGCAAGUGACAACUCUGGGCUCUGACCCUCACAUCCGCAUGGAAUGGUACAAGGGUGGAGGAAUCUGGAUGGAGUGCACAUCGGCCGGAUGGUACCCGGAGCCUGUGGUGCGGUGGAGAGAUGCCAGGGGACAGACGGUCCCCGCCCUUUCUGAGUCCCGACCCCGAGCCAGAGAUGGCCUGUAUGGAGUGGCAGUGUCCUUGGUCGUACGAGAUGACUCCGUGGGGAUGGUGUCCUGUUCCAUCUGGAACCCCCGCCUUGGCCAGGAAAAGAAGUCGUCAAUUUCCAUAACAGCUCCCUUCUUCUGGAACACCCAACCUUGGAAGAUGACUCUGGCUUUGAUCCUGCCUGUGCUGGGACUGGUCAUCGCUGGAGAAACUCACGAUGUUCCUGCUAUUAACCUCACUACCCUCAUCCUGCCCUCAUCCUGCUGUCAAGUUCCCACCAGUGUGGGCACAUUCCAAGCAGAGCAUGGAGACCUGAGCUAUGAGAGAUGCUGGUGGAUAACAACCAUCUGGCUCUUCCUGAAGAUUCUGGGGAGAAUGGUCACUAUUCCAGAAUCAUGGAUCAUUCCAUGGACAGUGGAAAUAUUUUCCAAAGGGCCAGUCCCCUGCCGCAUGUCCUUGACAGAGACUUCCCCUGCCCCACCCCAUCCCCAUCCCCUUCCAUCUCAUACCCAGUUCCCCCGGUCUGAAGGGUUGUUGACUAAUUUCUGUUCUUCUUCAGACAAACUCCGGGAUGAACUCAUGCAAAGACAGGCCAAGUUCCAUACAGCCACUGUCACUCUGGAUCCAGACUUGGCCCAGCCCCUCCUCCUCCUGUUCAAGAAUUGGAAACAUGUAACACUGGGAGACAAAUGGCAGAACCUGUCUGACAACUUGGAAGGAUUUGAUGAAGAGCUCUGUGUGUUGGGCCAUGAGGGCUUCACCUCAGGGAGACAUUGCUGGGAGAUGGAAGGGGGCAGAUGGCAGUGGCCGGGAUCUAGGAGUUUGUGGGGAAAAUGUGAAGAGAAAAGCGGUGAUCUCAGAGUCACCUGAGAUUGGAUUCUGGGCAGUGAGGAAAUGCAGAAAUAACUACUGGGCUCUCACUUUUCCCCACAUAACUCUCCUCUUGAGGUCAUGUCCCUGCCAGUUGGUGUUCUUCAUGGGCUACGAGGCAGGAGACAUACCAUUCUACAAUGGGACUGACGGAUCCGUUUACACUUUCUCCCUGUCUCUUUCUCUGGGACUUUCCAACUCUACAUCAGGCUUUGGUUCUUAGAUCCAAACCCCCUGACUGCCCUGUGCCUGGCAGGACUGAGGGAGACCCUUGCCCUGACCCUGCCCCCUCUGAGGAGAUCCCAGUGACACCCCCACCCCACAGAGAUAAGACCAGCCUCACUGGGAAUGUGGAACACUUUCCUGGGGGCAAUGCCUUAUUACUCCCAAUUCCACCAACGCCAGGGUCCCUUCUGCCCCUUAAGGGAGCAUCCCAACAACUGCCCUUUGCUCCCUGCACGGGUCCCUUCUGCCCCUUAAGGGAGCAUCCCAACAACUGCCCUUUGCUCCCUGCACCUCUCCGUCCCCCAUGGCUGAAGCUGCCUGUGCUCCUCUGCUACUCCCCCCGGGGCAGGCCCAGCCUGGGGGAUCUCUGCUUGCCUGCUGCUGCUGCUGCCACAUGGGGAGGUUGGAGUUGGAGACUAAUACUGCAAUCCCGAUGGGGAUGGCAGUGCCCUGAAAUGUGCGGCCUAAUGGAAAAAGCAAGGACC